UCCCUUAAUUAUACACCCAAGACACACCUACUUCUUGUAUCAGAGUUUUAAUUACUAUAGUAAAUAAUGUCUCUCCUUCGAGUGUCCCUGCUAUGCAGAGCUGGCCUAAGCAGGCCAGUCCUCAGUGUCCUAUCCCACAAAAGCUACAGCACCAACAAUGAGCCUGUCGGGUUCAUCGGGCUCGGCAACAUGGGAGCUCCAAUGGCCAACAAUCUACUGCAAAAGGGGCACAAACUAGUCGUCUAUGAUAUUGCCGAGGCAGCAGUCUCUCAGGCUGUAUCAGCCGGUGCUGUCAAGGCAACCAGUCCGGCUGAGGUGGCCAAGCAAGCCAACACUAUAGUUACCAUGCUGCCGGCAGGUAGUCAUGUGCUCGAGUGUUACAAGGGGGAGAAUGGAAUAUUUAGCACAGUCUCACGAGGUGCUUUAUUGAUUGACUCCAGCACCAUAGAUAGAGGCACUGUGAGUCAAGUGUUCAGCUCUGCACAGGAGCGGGGAGUCACCUACUUGGAUGCACCAGUAUCCGGAGGUGUGGGUGCUGCUACUAAGGGUGUCCUGACCUUCAUGGUGGGUGGAGACAAGGAGUCAUGUGAUCAAGCCACAUCCCUUCUCGAGUGUAUGGGGCGAACAGUGGUGCAUUGUGGGGACAGUGGCACAGGGCAGGUAGCCAAGAUCUGUAACAACAUGCUCCUGGCCAUUGAAAUGAUUGGUACCAGCGAAGCUCUACAGCUGGGAAUAAACCUUGGCAUGGACCCCAAGCGACUGACAGAUAUCAUCAACGUUGCUAGUGGGCGAAGCUGGUCCUCAGAGGUGUACAACCCCUGCCCUGGGGUGAUGGAGAACGUGCCCUCAAGCAACAACUACCAGGGAGGCUUUGGAACCACCCUCAUGCUCAAGGACCUUGGUCUAGCUAUGGACGCUGCUGCCAGCUCACAAUCCACUGCUCUACUGGGAAGUAUGGCAACACAGGUGUACAGAAUGAUGAGUCAGCAUGGAUACGCUGACAAAGACUUCUCAUCCGUGUUUAAAUUUAUAGAGAAGGAGAAAUAGACACCAGACAGCAUUGAACUAGUAACAGGAACAGAUUACUAUGUGUUUAUGAUGUUAGCAAAUAGGAAUCACAUUGUAUCGAGGUUUACUUUGUCACUGAAAGCUUUGUGUAUGUGUUAUGUAUCUUAACUCUGUCA